AUGGCUGGUGGUCGUGGUCGUGGUGGUCGUCGUGGGCAGGUUCCGAAUGAGGAAGCUCCGCACCGUGAUCGUAGCGUUCAGGACGUGAUGAUUGAAGAUUUGCAGAGGCAAGUUGCAGAAUUAACCCAGCGCCUUGCGGUGCAGGAAUUCGGCAAUCGUGAGAUGGAGAACUCCGAUUCCGAUUCCACCUUCGACAACCCGUAUCACAAUCCCGUUCCAAACCAGGACCACCGUGGUCGGGAACGUCAUCAUGGAGCCCUCGGUUUCAAGGUAGACCUGCCCGAGUUUUCUGGCACGUUACAAGCCGAAGGUUUCGUCGAUUGGUUGAAUGAGAUAGAGCGGAUUUUUGAGUAUAAGGAAGUCCCUGAUCGCGACAAAGUGAAACUGGUCGCCAUCAAAUUAAAGGGUCGAGCAUCUGCGUGGUGGGAGCAGUUGAAGCGGUCCAGAGAGAGGCAAGGCAAAGCCAAGAUCACCGAUUGGGAGAAGAUGAAGAUCAAGAUGAAGAGUCACUUCCUCCCGUUCGGCUACACUCAAACCCUGUUUCAGCGACUUCACUCGUUGAGGCAAGGCAUGAGAUCGGUGGAUGAUUACACCGAGGAGUUCUAUCAGCUGAUCGCGCGGAAUGAUUUAUCUGAGACAGAAGAGCAGAUGGUGGCGCGGUAUUUGGGAGGAUUACGACAGCCCCUACAAGAUGCCUUCAGCCUACACUCGUUGUGGACUGUUUCGGAGGCCUAUCAGCGUGCACUUGUUGCAGAGAAGCAGCAGAACAAGCGGCCUGUGGGGCAUAGAGCAAGUGAAUGCAGGAAACCUGCCAGCCAGAAGGGCAAAAACCUCAUGCUUGAGGAAGACAUGGUAGAUUACACGUAUGAGGAGACUGGAGAUCCAGUGUAUGACGAAGAUGUGGAUGAAGAGGUGCUGUAUGGAGACUGCCAAGAAACUCUCGUCAUUCGUAAGAGUCUGCUGACUCCCAAGGGGGACUCUAGAGAUGAUUGGUUGAGAACCAAUAUUUUCCAUACCACUUGCACGGUGGCCGACAAGGUAUGUAAGAUGAUCAUUGAUAGUGGCAGUUGCGAGAACGUAGUGUCUGAUGAGGCUGUCCAGAAAUUGCAAUUGAAGACCGAACAUCAUCCUAAGCCAUACAAGCUGUCGUGGCUCAGCAAAGGAAGUGAGGUAAAAGUAGAUAGACGAUGCCUAGUAUCUUUUUCUGUAGGCAAGAAGUAUUUUGACAAUGCUUGGUGUGAUGUAGUAGCUAUGGACGCUUGUCAUAUACUAUUAGGCAGGCCUUGGCAGUACGAUCGCAGUGUGGUACAUGAUGGCAGGAAGAAUACUUAUUCCCUUAGCAUCAAAGGGAAGAAGAUUGUGUUAGCACCUCGUCGGGAUGGAGCCAAUCCUACCCAGGUAGCCGAUAAUACUAACCUGCUUUCUUUGUCCAGAUUCUUAGUCGAAAUUGAGCGUGAAGACAGAAUUUUUGCGUUACUGCCUUGUGGGAAUAGUGCAGUAGACGAAGCGCCAGAAUUGCUGCCAGAAGUGCAGCGGAUGCUUUCAGAAUUUUCUGACCUCAUGCCAAAAGAUUUUCCCCCCGGACUACCACCGAUACGAGACAUCCAACAUCAGAUUGACCUGAUUCCUGGAUCGAUUUUGCCGAAUAGGCUAGCCUAUCGCCUCAGUCCCAAGGAAGCGGAAGAGUUGCAACGGCAAGUGGUGGAGUUGCUGGAGCGGGGCUACAUCCGUGAGAGUAUGAGUCCAUGUGUCGUUCCUGCCCUGUUGGUACCAAAGAAAGAUGGUUCAUGGCCCAUGUGCGUUGAUAGCAGAGCCAUCAACCGGAUCACCGUAAAAUACCGGUUCCCAAUUCCUCGCUUGGAUGAUAUGUUGGAUCAGUUAGCCGGUUCUCGGGUCUUCUCCAAAAUUGAUCUUAAAAGCGGCUACCACCAGAUCAGAAUAAGGCCUGGAGAUGAGUGA